ACGGAGCAGCCUUUGCCCUUAAUAAAAAUGGCGGUCGGAAGCACCCCCUGUCACUAGGACCCUUCGCUCCCCCCGCCGGGGUCUCAGAUCCGAGAUGGCGGCGGCCGAGGCGGAGUACGAGUCCAUCCUGUGUGUGAAGCCCGAUGUCAGCGUCUACCGCAUCCCGCCGCGGGCCUCCAACCGGGGAUACAGGGCAUCUGACUGGAAACUGGACCAGCCGGACUGGACAGGGCGUCUCCGUGUCACGUCAAAAGGCAAAAUUGCAUACAUAAAGCUAGAGGAUAAAGUUUCAGGGGAGCUCUUUGCUCAGGCUCCCAUAGACCAGUUCCCUGGCCUUGCAGUGGAGACUGUGACAGAUUCCAGCCGGUACUUUGUCCUCCGAAUUCAGGAUGGGAAUGGGCGAAGCGCUUUCAUUGGCAUCGGCUUCUCAGAUCGGGGUGACGCCUUUGACUUCAAUGUCUCCCUGCAGGAUCACUUCAAGUGGGUGAAACAGGAGACUGAAAUCUCGAAGGAGUCACAGGAAACUGACACACGCCCCAAACUGGACCUAGGGUUCAAGGAAGGACAGACCAUCAAACUAAACAUUGGGAACAUGCCAACAAAGAAAGGAGGGGCACCCAAACCCCGUGCAGCUGGAUUGGGGGGGCUGAACCUGCUCCCACCUCCUCCAGGUGGCAAAAUCACAGCCCCUCCAAUCCCUCCCCCAUCUUCAACAGCCAUUUCCAACCAUGUGACGCCGCCACCAGUGCUGAAAUCCAGCAACAUGGGCAAUGCUGAUAUCCUGUUAGAUUUGGACUCUCCUGCAUCCAUCUCUAAGGCACCAGCACUUGCUGCUGUUCCAGCCACCACAGACCUCUGGGGAGACUUCAGCACUGCAUCCAGCGCUGUUCCCAAUCAGGGUCCUCAGCAGUCCAACUGGGUCCAGUUCUGAAUGGCAAAGGCAGUGGAGUGGGAACAGACCAAUGACCAAGAGGCUCUAGGGGCAUCAAGUGGGAUCAGAGGGUUCCAAACCUCUCAAGACUUCAAUCAAAAAUCCUGGACAAUCUUUCCUUCUAAAGUUUCCACUUCAAUUGAGACUGAUUUUUUUUGAUCUCACAGUGAAACUGCCAAACCCUGAGGGAACCAUCUCAAAAUUCCACCAUAUGAUAGCUAGGGAGAUGAAGUGAGUUGUAUCUUCUCUAUCCACCUGGCUAUUGAGAGGUGCAUCCUAUUUCUUGUUUUUGAGCUGUCCAUACAGGGAAAUCAAGAAUCCGUAAUGUGAGGCCCAUGAAGAGGGUUUGAAGUUGUCUGAGGCUUUUGUGUUCUUAAGCUCUCCCUCUAGCAAGGGCCAGCUCCCUCCCACUGUUAAAAACCUUUCACAGGUAUUCUACAGUAAAGACCCAAAUCACUACAGCUUGGCUUGCAGGGCUGAGGGCUGUUAGGGUUUCAUGCAGCCGUGUUUGGGGCACUAGUUUGUAUUGAUGGGUUAGCUAUGGCCCUAACAUAGGAACAGCUAGGAGAUUGGAGCAGUCUGCCUUCUCUCUCCUAUGGAACAGAAUCUUGUGCAUUAAUCCUUAAUCAUGGCAUGUCUGUCCAGGCUGAGCCAUAACCACCCCCUUGUCCUCUCUCCUUGGUCUGAUAUGCAGAUAUUCCCUGUGAUGGGUGUUCCCUGUGGCUUUGCGGGAGGAGACACAGGUCCAUGUAUAGACCAACCUGCCUCUGGGCCACAGACCUGACACUUCAUGAUCAUGACUUUCUUAUUUGGUUUGUUCUUUUUAGAAGCUGAUCUUGGUGCUGCUUCCCUCCCUGCCCUCCCAAAGCACUC